GCGAGGGGAGGGGGGGAGAGGAGGCCUGGAUGACUAAACCUGACAGAAACGCUGGUGGGAGGCUCGGGCGGGCGCCAGUGCCCGCGUAGGUCCUUCUCGCCCCGCAGCCACCACCCGCCCGGUGACCAUGAUAGUGUUUGUCAGGUUCAACUCCAGCUAUGGCUUCCCAGUGGAGGUCGAUUCAGACACCAGCAUCUUCCAGCUCAAGGAAGUGGUUGCUAAGCGACAGGGGGUUCCAGCUGACCAGCUGCGGGUGAUUUUUGCCGGGAAGGAGCUUCCGAAUCACCUGACGGUGCAGAGCUGUGACCUGGAACAGCAGAGUAUUGUACACAUAAUACAGAGACCACAGAGGACGAGUCAUGAAACAAAUGCAUCUGGAGGGGACAAACCCCAGAGCACCUCAGAGGGCUCUGUAUGGGAGUCCAGAAGCUUGACGCGAGUGGACCUCAGCAGCCAUACCCUGCCGGCGGACUCCGUGGGGCUAGCGGUCAUUCUGGACACAGACAGUAAGAGGGAUUCAGAAGCAGCCAGAGGUCCAGUUAAACCCACCUACAACAGCUUUUUCGUCUACUGCAAAGGCCCCUGUCACAAGGUCCAGCCUGGAAAGCUCCGAGUUCAGUGUGGCAUCUGCAAACAAGCAACCCUCACCCUGGCCCAGGGCCCAUCUUGCUGGGAUGAUGUCUUAAUUCCAAACCGGAUGAGUGGUGAGUGCCAGUCUCCAGACUGCCCUGGAACCAGAGCUGAAUUUUUCUUUAAAUGUGGAGCACACCCAACCUCCGACAAGGACACAUCGGUAGCUUUGAACCUGAUCGCCAGCAACAGGCGCAGCAUCCCCUGCAUAGCGUGCACAGAUGUCAGGAGCCCGGUCCUGGUCUUCCAGUGUAACCACCGCCACGUGAUCUGUUUGGACUGUUUCCACUUGUAUUGUGUCACAAGACUCAACGAUCGGCAAUUUGUCCACGAUGCUCAGCUUGGCUACUCCCUGCCGUGUGUGGCUGGCUGUCCCAACUCCCUGAUUAAAGAGCUCCAUCACUUCAGGAUCCUUGGAGAAGAGCAGUACAAUAGGUACCAGCAGUAUGGUGCCGAGGAGUGCGUGCUGCAAAUGGGAGGGGUGUUGUGCCCCCGUCCUGGCUGCGGAGCCGGACUGCUACCCGAACAGGACCAGAGGAAAGUCACCUGUGAAGGGGGCAACGGCCUAGGCUGCGGGUUUGUUUUCUGCCGGAACUGUAAGGAAACAUACCAUGAAGGGGAUUGUGACUCACUGUUCGAACCCUCGGGAGCAACUUCCCAGGCCUACCGGGUGGACGGAAGAGCCGCGGAGCGAGCUCGCUGGGAGGAGGCCUCCAAGGAAACCAUCAAGAAGACCACCAAGCCUUGUCCCCGCUGCAGUGUGCCAACUGAAAAAAAUGGAGGAUGUAUGCACAUGAAGUGUCCUCAGACCCAGUGCAAGCUGGAGUGGUGUUGGAACUGUGGCUGUGAGUGGAACCGAGCCUGCAUGGGGGAUCACUGGUUUGACGUGUAGAGAGGCAUGUCACUUGGCCCUGGACGCACGACCUCAUGGGAAACUCCAAAGACUCCUUCCUUCCUUAGCCAUUUCUUCUCAAUGCAUAUAAGCACAUACGCGCACACGCACAAACACAGGCUGCAGAUUACAGAAGCAGCCCCUAGGUCCUUUCCAGGGUACCCACAGAAAACCACAGCACCUGCUGGCCCCAGCGGGAGGAGGCAAUUUCAGCCUCUGGCUCAUUCGAAUGUCAGAGCUUAGAUGAGAGUGCCCCUUUGGUUUGGAUUCUGUAGAAGCCACGCAUGAGGUGGAACGUGUUUUCCAGGGCUGUUGCCACGCCCUGGAUAAGUUACACCUCUGUGGAUUCUCAGAAGCACGCUUGAGACCUGAGGAACGCUGUUCUUAAGUAGCAAUCAUCUAUUCCCAAAGGGCCCUCGGCAGUAGCUAAAACUAUUUGUUUAUCCCCCCCAAAUCCUAUCUUUAUAAAUGGUGCCGAUGAGAUUACAACCCCUCUGUAUACUAAUCAGCUUAUCAACCAAGUGGGAACCUAGGGAAGCUAAUUGGAUGGCAGACUGUUUAAAUCACAGGGAGGACGCGGACGCCAAACCUACUUCCGUUCGUUUAAUUAUCUGCAACUUUACAAAGAAAUGAUCUUUUUUUUUUCCCCCUGAAAUGAUAACAAAGUCUGUAAUUUGGUUUGGAGUAUUCCUACUGCAGCCUGGAAGUUUAGCUUCACUGUGAAUUUAACAGAGAAAGUGCCUAUUAAAGGGGACGUUUUUAAGAGACAAUCCCGUGAUGCUGCUCCCAUGCUAACAACAGGGUCAAGAAACACAAUGUUUAUAGAAGGAGCAUCCCUAGACCAUCUAAAUGAGAGCAUGCCUGACCCCUUCCACCACAAGUGGGGACACCUCUGCAUAUCUGCUCCCUCCUCUGCUGUUAAGCCUCAGGGAGCCCCAUCCACCCACUGGUCCUACAGACAGGGCAAUACACACACACACACACACACACAAGAUAGCCUUCAGAUCAACAUACAUCACACUCGAGUGUUAAUCUUUCAAGGUUUUCUUUUCUUUUUCCUGUUUUUUAUUGUUUUGCUUUUACUUUUUUUUUUUUUGUGGUGGUGGUGGGGGGCACUAUCAAACCUGAGGCCUAGAGCUAAAAAUCAUAUAGAAAUGAUGGCAUCUUGUGAUGUAAGGAAAGGCCAGCUGGCCUAAGUCCACACUUGUGUCCCAGUGGCCCUAGACUCCACCCAGCCAGCUCCAGAAUGGGUGUCAUACACAGACCCAAAAUGAAAAAAACACCUGUCAUGCAGCGGUCAGGAGUCUGAUGUCACCCAUCACUAUUGUUUUUUGCAUCAUUGUGUUUGCCUCUGCCUCCUUCCACAGCCGUGUGACGUCAUGGCAUUGGGAAGCCAGGACAAUGUUUGCUGUUCUGCUUUGGGUAGAGGGACUGACUCCCUGAAGCCCCGCGGCUCUCCAGUGUGGUCCCUUUCCUUUCUAGCAGUUGAAUCUGUUUUCUUCAGAAUACAAUAGUGAUUCUUAAAAUAACCCCAAAGACAGGCAUCCACAGUGUGUGAGCGUGAAUCACAGCCUGCAUUGUGUGAGUGUGAAUAGUGGGAUAGAAAGUGGAUGUCAGAAGAGUGGAAAUCAAACCUCUGCAAAGCAAUCUUUCUCUUUCUGUGAAAUGUACUAAGAAAUGCCCAAAGUAUCUGUGGUGGUACCCAGACUGACAAGCAAUAAAGACCCAGACUGUGAAUG